GUGACUCGCUUCGCUUAAAGUCUUCGACUGCGUGUGGUGAUUGCAGGCGAAGAAAGCUGCAUUUUACUUGCAGAUUCCUAAUCUACUGUGUAGACACAUUUCGCGCUCGAAUCCCUCGAGAAUAUCUGAUAAGUGACGCCAUGCGGAAGUCCACGUAGAACUGAUUCGUGAUUUGUGGCUUGGUGUGUGCUUAGGAGGAAGUGUUCCGGCCGUCGACAUGGGUAAAGCGAAAGCUGUCAAGUCACAGAAGGCGAAGAAGCCAUCCGUGGUUUCGCAAAACAUCCCUUUUCGGACGGACAUUGGGCAGCACAUUCUGAAGAAUCCAUUGAUCGUGCAAUCGAUGGUUGAGAAGGCAGGAAUUCAUCAGAACGAAACUGUGCUUGAGGUUGGUCCGGGCACUGGAAAUAUGACCGCAAAGCUACUUGAGAAAGCGAAGCGAGUCGUGGCAUUUGAAGUAGAUCCCCGGAUGGUUGCCGAACUUCAGAAGCGUUUCAUGGGCUCACAGUUUCAAUCAAAGCUUGAAAUCGUUGUGGGCGACGUUUUGAAGCACGAUUUGCCGUUUUUCGACGUAUGCGUUGCCAAUCUUCCGUAUCAAAUUUCAUCACCGUUCAUAUUCAAGUUGCUUCUUCACCGACCGUUUUUCAAAUGUGCGAUUUUGAUGUUCCAACGGGAAUUCGCUCAACGCCUUGUUGCCGAACCUGGAGAUAAGCUUUAUUGUCGCCUGUCAGUCAAUACACAGCUCCUGGCCAGGGUAGAUCACUUGAUGAAGGUGGGUGCCAACAAUUUUCGACCUCCUCCAAAAGUGGAAUCCAGCGUCAUUCGACUUGAACCCCGGAAUCCGCCGCCUCCUAUAAAUUUUAAAGAAUGGGAUGGAAUGCUUAGGAUUGUGUUUUUGCGGAAAAACAAAACUCUGAGGGCAGGUUUUGUACAAACGACGGUUCUACAGGUUCUGGAGAAGAAUUACCGAACGCAUUGCUCGCAGACGAAUAAAAAAAUCCCGGAUUCCUUCAAUAUGCGUGAGAUGUUGGACUCGAUCUUAUCCGAGAUUGAAUUCGACAAAAAGCGAGCUCGGUCCAUGGAUAUAGACGAUUUCCUCACGUUGCUGCAUGCGUUCAACAAAGAAGGAAUCCACUUCGCUUGAAUUUCUGGAAUAAAGGGCUUUGUGAUCUGUCAUA